AUGAAUGAAGCAUGGUACGAUAAACUUGAUGAAAUCAAUCACAAUUAUGCGGAAAAGCCAAUGAUUGCUCUUGGUUUGUUGACUUUUGGUGUUCUUGCACCAUUCUAUGUUGCCUAUCGCAAUCAACAACAAGAAGAAUCGCAACAGGAGUCACCAUUGAAUAAAGAUGAACAACGUGAUUCGAUUGGCGGUCGAAUGGCAAGUUAUGUUGAUUUAUGGAGUAGUGAUGAUAAUUAUAAAGAUCGUGUUUGUUUUCUCAUAUGCGAUAAGGAAAGUUGUAAUCAUGAUAUCUUUGAAAAAUACAACGUCAAAGCAACGCCACCAACGUUUUUAUUUAUUAAAAAUAACAAACAAGUUGCACCAUCCUAUAUUUUAGACACUGGUGGUAGCAGUGCUGCUGAACAAAUAGAGACUAUUAUUGAUGGUCUCCUUUACGACAAAAAAUAA